GAGCCGAGUGCACGUGAACGCCGUCGUCAGCAGCUAUGCAGAGCAGGGCAGGUGGCUCAGGGCCAGCGCGUUGCUGGAAGAGGUGGAUCUCGUGGGCUUGAACUCACUGCUCGCUGCCUGCGAUGUAUCGGCAGCUUGGGACAAGGCCCUGGGCUUUGUUGCAGCCUGGGAAAGCCGCCGGUUGAGGCCAGACACCAUCUCCUACAACUCGCUGAUGAGUGCCUGCGGCUCCGCGAACGCCUGGGCCGCCGCGGGCGCGGCCGCGGCCGCGCUUGUCGCGGAGGGAGCCGAG